GUCCAGUAUACACGUAAUUACCCCAGUACUCACUGUGGUGUUUUCCAGUGACGUGGACACAAACUGUAGCUUCUGCUGAUAAAUACCAUAACAAGUUAAAACUAUAUUCAUAUAAUUAACUUUAUUGUUAAAAAGAUAAUAGGAAUAUUUAAUGAAAUCCUGGUGAAAAUUAAUGCUGUUCUGUCACUGAAUGACCAAACUUCGUGAAAUCUUUGAAACUGGAAGACAUCACAAAAGGCAGAAUUAACGACUUAAUGGAUUCUGCAUUUGAAAACCUGAUUCGAUGCUCGAAGGCUGGGAAUGUAGAAGGUGUUGUGGAGGCUGUGAGAGAGGGAGCUCAGAUUGAUCAACUGGUGGUAGGGACGGGUACUACCGCGGGUCCCUCAGCACUCCACAUAGCUUCCACUGCAAACAAGCUUGAAGUUGUCAAGAAGUUGCUCUCUCUUGGGGCUUCUGUUAAUGUCGUCAACAAUUUCGGAUUUACUCCGCUGCACCAUGCAAGUGAAGGGGGUAACCUGCGAGUGGUGGAGACAUUACUGGAGGCUGGAGCAGACCCUCAUGCCAGCAACACUUCUGUGUCUGACAAGUUGUGCAAGACAAGUAUACAAUACCGACAAGAUGAAAGUUAAGACACUUGUGCAACAUCGGCUACUACAACUAACCCAUCAAUUUGGGUAGGACCUAC